AUGUGGGCGAUUCAGUUUCUGCGCGACAUUGAAUGUGCAUGCUUGUUUCGACUACCAGAUUGUCUUAGUCUGAAACUUGUGUCAUUUCUGGUCGUUGUUGAUUGCUUUACCUAAUAAAUGUAGACUCCUUGUGUGCUCACUGGAUCGUUGGCCUACAUUUUUUCCUGCCCUCUUAACGCUACUCUGCAUGCUCUCCUAAUACAGAAAGUAGCUUCUGACUUGGCACAAAAAGCUAAAAUGCUUUGAAAUCUAUUAGUCUGUUGGCUUACAAUUUUCUAACCUUUAUGUGCACAACGAACUCUAGCGGUAAUUUACAAUAUAGGGUUUCUGCCAUCUGGGUUUGGAUUAAUCCAGUGAAUUCAUUGCGUCCGAACUCUGAUAACAUCCGUUUUGAAUCUGGUUCGUUAGUAUUUGUAUAUGAAGAACGGUUCAAGCGGUAACCUGAGGAGUUAUGUCACCAGUUGGUUUCAGCUGGUUAUUAGUUAGGUUAUUAAUAUGUCUAAAGCGGUUUGACGGCGGAAUGUGUGCAUUCGUCUGUCUAUUUUUCAUUUCUUAGUAUAAUAGCGUCAGUCCCUUUGUAACCGAUCAUAUAUUCGUUUUCUUUGGGAUUUUUUCUUGCGAUGUAGGUUGGUCACAUGACUGCCUAUACUCUAAUUUGUUUAUUCCCAGUUCAUUUAUUUUUAAGACCAUUAUAGGCUUUUGAUCUAUACUUUUGUGUUCAGCAAAACAUCAUUAACCUAAAGUCUAAGGAGACGGACGCUUGCUGAUCAUCAAACUUCGAAACUUAGUAAUCUUAUGUAUUAAUGCAUGACUUAAUUUUACUAUGUCACCAUCAUUGUCGUGCUUAAUCUUUAAAUACGAAAUAUCUCAACUGUAUUUGCAAUGUUUGCACUACCGAAGUACAUGUUUAGGGUCCCAAGAUUGUAAUGUUUUAUCACCUGUUUUUAGUAGCUUCGGUACAUUUCAAAACAGACUGAGGGAACCUAUCACGAAACAGGUAUGUUUGGAUCCUAUCUUUUUUCGUCACGAUUAUGAGCUUCCCAAACUAUUCUUAAUCUUUCUAGUUAAUAUCCUUACAAAUGCCUCACUCUAAGGUACUCAUUACAGAAAAGCAUCAAAAUACGGUUAAUGGACACUGAACAUAUACAAUGUUUUUUCAACACUACUUAGUUUCAUUACUAUGGUAUAUCGCUUGUCUAACAUUUUUUAAAAAUCGUCUUUAAAUCCACCACUAGAGCUUACAAUUUAUAAAAUGUCUUAUUCCAGUUUGGUCGCAAUUCAGCCAAUGGAAGCUACUAAUCUCUUAUCAACUUUGGAACUUCUGUGUGCACCCAAGAAGCUUGAUCGUGAAAAAGGCGAAGAUCAGCUGAAUAACAUAUCACUAACAUCUGACGAAGUUAAGUUGGUAUCAAGUUGGAUAGAAGAAAAGUUGGAAGGGCUGUCUAAUUGGGAAGACGUAAGUAGUUGUUGUUACUAAUUUUUGCCAGGUCUUUGGUGGGAUCACUGCAGCUAUCAUCCUACUUCGCAAUGCCGAUUAUCGAUCUCUGGUAGAUGUUGGUAUUGUCGGUAAAUUAGAAGAUCAAGCAGUUGAAUGUCAUGAUAACCCUGAAUUCCGAGUUCGUAUAGCUGCAGGUCAACUUAUGGGUUCCCUCUGUCGACAUGCUGGAUUAUCUUUGUUCAUCCGGUACUUACCCACUGUAAUUCAGGGUGUCGUCACUAAUUUAGAAAGAAAUACUGAAGCCCCUGUAUCUGAAGCUGAGUUAUCUCUACGAGAGCUCAACUUAGCUAAGGAAUGCAGUACUAAUUUGAGCAGCAGUUCUCUAUCUAUUUUCCAUGAUACAGCAGGUUGGAAAAAUUUGGAAACAUGGAUGAAGUGUGUACAGGAAAUGGUUUCAAAUCUUCCAUCCAAGGAUUUCAUUAAAGUGGAUAGAACUAUUAUUUUGGAACUUAUUUUUAAAGCUGUUCAGCACGUCAAUCGUUUUGUUCGUGAAACGGGUUAUGAUGUUUUAUCAACAAUGAUUUCUCAUCAUUUAUGUUACACGGAGUCAGAAGCAAAGGAAGCAACUUAUAUCAACGUUGCAACUCAACUCGCUAAGGGUUUAUCAGAUAAUUGGAGUCAAGUCCGUAUGGCCGCUUCCAGAGCAGUACGAACUCUUUUUGAGGUUGAUCCUCCCUCUGGAUAUACGAGAGAUGAUAUUUACCCUAUUCUUUUGCCAGCUAUGUGUUUAAACAGAUAUUACGUUGCUGAAGGCGUCAGGAUUUAUAGUCAAGAUACUUGGUGUCGUGUUACUCAAGGAGAAGGUCGAAAGUUACUUGGUCAAUAUUUAGUUCCAGCUGUCGAUUAUUACAUUCAACAAAGUGAUGCCGAUAAUCAUGCGGUUCGUGAGGCUUCUUGUGCGUCUAUGGCUGAGAUUGUAACUAAAUUAGAUCCAAAUUUGCUACUACCGUGUGUCAGUAAAUUGCUCGAUGCCUUAAUUGUAUGCUUUGGAGAUGAAAGUUGGCCAGUAAGAGAUGCGGCCUGUGUUGCACUUGGUUCAUUGAUUUCCACCUUUCCUAAUGAGACACGCGCGGCUGGCUACGAUAAUUUAAUGGCUACACAAUUCUUACGAAACCUUAGUGAUAGUAUUCCAUCAGUCCGUGAUGGUGCAGCUAAAUCGAUUGCCGCGAUUUUAAAAUCAGUUGGUGAUCAAAAUUUAUUCCAACAUUAUAUCAAUCAUAUCGUAGAGAAAAUUGAUGGAUUAAGCAAACAGCCUAAAGAAUCUCAUGGUGCAGAAUCUUGUCGUGUAUCUGGGAAGGGACCAGGAGCAUCUCAUGUUACUGUUCACAGUGGAGAUGCUGCUCAUGAUAGUCGUCAUACUGAUCAAGUUAUGUACUCCUGUGGAUCCUUGGCCCCGAAGCUUCAGAAAGGUCGAAAAGGUGGUGGUUGUCAUAAUGGUCUUCAUCAACGUGCCAGUGAACCUUGGGAAGAGGCUGAUGGCGCAAUUCGCUUGAUCGGUCAAAUAUCAGACAAGUUCCCAAACCGAGUCACUGACGAUUUGAUUGAGCAACUAUUGAAGGGUUGUGAACAUCGAAAUUAUACACAUUAUCCUUAUUUUUUAGAAACUGCUUGCGAUGUAAUUGUACAGCUGUGUAAUCAUCUCGAAAAACCUCAAUUUAAAAAAUAUAUGGAUGCGUUUCUGGAAGUAUUGGCAACCGCAGUAGAAAGCAAGUUACCGCUGGCUGUUAAUGCUGCAUCGGAAUGCCUUAAAUCUAUAGGAAAUCGUUUUGGUCCAACCGUGCUACGUGGUCGAAUUGAAAGUCACAUUAAUGCAUUUGUUUCUGAAAACCUAGUUGAUUUAUUACCUCCUGUGUGACACUUACCAUUCUAUCCGGUACAACAACUAAUGAUCAGCGUCACAAACUUUCUUUUAUAUGUGAAUCAACAAAUUUUUGUUAUUAAUCGCUUAUAAUUUUAAAAAUAAAAACCUCAAUGUAAUUUUGAAUACAUUUAUUCAAAACAUGCAAUCUACUGUGGUAUA